UGGAGGUUUAGUGGUUCCGUCACUGACUAACACAAAAACAAACCAAAGAUAACUAUGACAUCAGGUCACACGAAUUUCAAUUCCUGGAUGGCGGUCCAGAGUAAAUCCCACUUCCAAGCCGGAUCUCUAAAAAGGGGUCUGACUGACAAAAAAAAAAAAAAAAAGGACGACAACACCGGAAUGAGGAAAUUGACGAGGGCAAGUCAUGUGCAAAACAAAGUUGUUCAAUGCUGAUAACCAUACAACCUGAUGAACCAUAGGUCACUCCACUCAAGUCUCCAAGAGGUGGUCCGCUUCUGUCUCUCCCCGAGACGGCUCAUCCAAAGAAAAAAAAAAAAGAAGGCUGACACAAGCUCUCCGACCGCAUCCAGUGAUGUCUUUUCUCCUCAUCACAGUGUUGUCUUCACUUCUAGUGCAAGAUGCUGAGGCGUGGGGCGCCAAUGUCAAGUACGCGGUGAACUGCCCCGACAGAUGCAACGCGGAGCGCUGCGGUGGGACGCAGCGGUGCACACGGACGGUCCUGGACGACUGCGGUUGUUGCCAGGUCUGUGCAGCCGGCAGAGGGGAGCACUGUUACCGCACAGUGUCUGGGAUGCACGGUGUAAAGUGUGGACCGGGAUUAUUCUGCGAGUUCUACAAGGAUGAAGACGAUUAUGGAGACGAAUAUGGGAUCUGCAAAGACUGCCUGUAUGGGACCUACGGGGUGGAGUGUCGCAAGACAUGCAACUGCAAAGGUGGCAUCUGUGAUUUGGAGACAGGGGCUUGUCUCACUCUCACAUUCUUUGCUAAAAUUGCCAGCAAGCUCAAGACUGAGCCACAAGCAGGAGGAGAGGUGGGCUCAGGAGAGGUCAGCGCUGCCCAGAGCACAGAUCAACACACAGACAGAUCCCAGGCUCCAAAGCGGCUCAACCCUCGCUGACAAGUGCUGACAAGGCUGAAUCUAUUCAGUAUAAAUGUAGCAUUAACUUAUAAAUGAACUGAAAGAUAUAUUUUAUUAUGUUAAAGGAUGAAAAACUUUUUUACAGCAUCAGGAAGUUUUAUUUGAUCCUUGUUUGACACCAUCAUCUUUUCUAAUGAAGUAUGUAUUAUUCUAUUCAAACUCUCGAUCUCUCUUUAUCUGUUUUAUCUAAGUGAAUAAAUAAAUAUGAUUCUGUUCCCAUUAGCUUCGGUGUAGACCCGAUUCUCUCAUUUAGUGUGCCUUCAUACAUUAUUGUUGAGAAAUUGAGAGUUAAUGUCACAAGAAAUGAUCGUGCUUUUGUUUUCAAACUGGAUACAGCAAUAGUUUUUAUCGAUUCAUUGUAGCUCACCAACGUUUUUCAUAAUGAUCUUUUAUUUGUAUUAUAUAGAUAAAAAGUGGACAUGGGACAUAUCAUGUAUGUGACACCAGCCAAUGUAAAGAAUGCUCUUACAAUUAAACCAAAGUUA